AUGGAUUUAGGCUUUGUUCUUGAUGCUAGUGGCAGCGUUGGCUCCGCUAACUUUGGACUACAGCUACAAUUUACAAAAGAUUUACUUCGUCGAGUCAAUGUUGCUCCGAAUAAAACUCAUGUUGGUAUUAUUAACUAUUCUGACUCUCCUCAAACGUUGACAUGGUUGAAUACAGAUUAUACUCUCGCACAAAAACUUGAACGAGUUAAUGCGGCGAUAUAUUAUUCCAGUGGUACAAAUACUGCUGGUGCUCUUCAACAAGCCAAUGUGGUAUUUUCAUAUGAACGUGGUCGUCGACAGUCAGCAGAAGGUGUAACACCGGUGAUAUUUAUAAUCACAGAUGGAGCAAGUAAUAAUGUAGAAGCAACAAUUCGAGCUGCGAAUGUUUUAAAAGAAAACGAUAUCAUUUUGGUGAGUGUCGGCGUCGGUACGGGACCCAAUAUAAAUGAAUUACAUGCUAUCUGUACGCCGCCGGCAAGCGAAAACUAUUUUGCCAUGUCGAAUUAUAAUGCUCUUGAACAAAAGCUAAACCAGUUCACAUCCAGAUCAUGUUCAGAACCAGCAACUGUUUCAUCGAAUACAACUGUCACGAUUGAAAUUAGUAAGGACAAAUAUAAAUUUCUAAAAGUUGAAAUUGUUACUAUUGGUAACAAAAUUUUGAUUACUGUUACACUUUUCAAUGGUAAUGUGAACUUGUUUUAUUCAUUUACAAAUAGAAAUCCAAAAGAUCCAGCUGAUUUUAUUGAUUAUCAGACAAGAGCAAAUGAUGUUGAUCCAUCACUUUGGACACAAUUCAAGUCCUAUUUUCGGUGA